AUGGAUGAAAGCGUGCUCAAGGAUCUCUGGAUUGACAACGAUCACGGUCCAUUCAAGAGCUCUUCGUACACGCUGGUUUUUGGGGGUCCUGGACGGAAAUCUGUUAGGGUCGAUACCGGCGAUCGCGACAUUAUACUCUGCGUCUCUGCUGACGACACGGCUACCCGCCUGCUUCACCUUCAAAACGUGCGCGACGACACAGUUGAGGAGGCCAAGGCUGCCAUUACACAGCUCCUUGACGAAUUGAAGCCUCAAGAUGAGAGCAGAGACGAAAGACAUCUGCGACCAGGAUAUCUAAAAGUAGAACAUGCUAUCGACUAUAGUCACGAGGAUGUCCGGCAGUUUCUUUUCGCAGAAGCCAAGAAGCGCAGCCUUGGGAUUACUUGGGAUGAAGGAGGAUAUUCACGCUCAAUGCUGCGAAGACUCUAUUACCAGCUGUGGUUCAAAAUCCGUCUAUUAAGCGAUGGCAGUUGGAUGACAAACAGUGGAACACGCUUCCAACAGGUGAAGAACCGAGGCACAUCCGAGAAUGGUGGAAACGACAGUGGUCAAGAUGCAUAG